AUGGCGGGCCCCCUCGGAUCCAUGCCGACCCUGCCUAGGGAUGUCGCUCGCUCGAAACCUUUAGACGAGGCCGAGUCUGAGCGAGCGGCAAAGACGGCAAAGGCGUUGAUGGUGAGGCGGAUGGCGAGCGAGAUCUUGGCGGAGCGGCUGGAUUGUGAUGGUUUUGAUGAUGAGGAUUAUGAUGAUGACGAGGAGGACGACGAAGAGGAUAAUGAUGAUGAUGUUGCUGUUGAGGUGGAUGAGAAGGAGGAGGAGUGGUGGCAGAGGCUUCAGCAGCUGGAGAUUCACUACGGCCCGGAGCUCGCCGCUCGUGAUUUGGAAGCCGAGAAGCGCAUCCUCGACUACGAUCCCAAGCAGGGGGGCGUCUACCACACCCGACUCCACCAUGUAUAUGACCUCGCCUCAUUCGACCUCGACGAGGAGUCGCCCCUUCCACCGAUGAGAUUUACUGACGUGGUCUACAAAAACAAUAGCGACUUUGAGCUGUGUGAGGCAGUAAACAUCUUAUCUGUGAAGAUGGGCUCCCUGGAUAUUGACUUCCCAAUCCAUGUCUACGGCACUGUCAUUGCGAGAGACAGCCUUGACAAAAAGUGUGUUUAUCUCUUCCGCUGUGAUAGAGAAGACUCCCAAACUAUCAACUCUAAGGAUGAAUCGCUGAUCUUGACAGGACCAAAACGAGGUCUCGCUCUGAUAAGUGAUACAUAUGUUGAGACUAAUCUAAUGAUCAAGGGUGAUGAGUUGCAGCAGGACAGAGAACUCAGUAAAGGAAUCCUAACAAUUCAAGGCACAGAACGGCUCGCGUUUAGGAAUUGUGUGCUUGAAAGUUGCUCUCUCGCUACCAGGCUCAGUACUGUGGAUGUGGUGUAUGGAGUUGUGAAAGAUGCAGUGGAGGCUACCAUUUCAGUUGAAGUUUUAGCGGGAGAAUAUUUUGGAGAAAUUACAGCCUGCACCAGCAGCAUCAAGAAUAGGCUUGUGCUUCAUGACAGCAGAUUGACUCAUAAUGCUAGUGGUCAGAACAUUGCCCCGCCCGUCAUCCCACUCUUGCGAUCUGUGGUGGCUGUCUAUGUCAAGGAGAUGCUGUUACUGACUAUUGCCGCCCACACUGAUGAUGGAGAAAUUAAAAAGUGCAUUGACUAUACUCCAAGAGUCAAUGGUUCAAAUCUGGAUUUAAUUACUGUUGGUGCCACAACACUGAGCGUGAGGGUUGUAUGGUCAAUAAUUGACUUUUGA